UACUUAGGAAGUUAAAUACAAAAAGUCUUAACACACGUGGGGCUCAGGAGAAUAGUACCGCUUGGAGAUACAGAGUCAAACACACGCAUAAAGAGAAACGUAAAUUAAAAGUACUUUGUCAUUUCUCCGUUUUUUCUGUUCUUGGCAGGACAACGGGUAUAUAAGAAACAUUUCUUCUACAUGACACAACCAGGAACACAACACACACGCAUAAAAAAGAAAGGUUGUGAGUUUAUAAGCUUGAGAUAAUGGAUCCAAGUUUCUCAGAGGCGAUCCGGAGAAAUGACAUCCCAACAUUCAACGGUUUAGUUCAGAAAAAUGAACGAAUUCUCGAGCAAAGAGAAGCUAAUUCCAAGAACACCCCAAUGCACCUUGCUUCCAAGUAUGGACACGUAGACAUGGUGUCCAACAUAAUCAGUUUGAGGCCUGACAUGGUUGCUGCCGAGAAUAAGGACAAGAACACUCCAUUCCAUGAAGCUUCUCACGCAGGGAAUGCAAAGAUCUUGAAGCUACUGUUGGCCGCCAAUCCUGAGGCUGCUCGUCAGCUCAACUCGGCCAACAAGACUGCACUUUUCAUGGCUUGCAGUAAUGGCCACGUUGAAGCGGUGAGUCUGCUGUUGACUCAGCCUGGACUACCGCGUCUAGGUGAAGAUGGAGCGUUUGAUCGAACUUGUGCCCAUGUCGCUGCAGCAGGUGGAUAUACAGAUGUUGUUAUGGAGCUGCUAAACGUGCACCCCGAAUUUGUUCAAAUGAUCGACGAGAAUGGAAAUUCGCCCCUGCAUUGCUCAUCGAGCGGAGGAUAUAGGGAAAUCACUGGGAUGCUGCUGAAAGUUGAUCCAAGGCUAGCUCAGAAAUAUAACAACAAUGGUUACACACCACUGCACUUGGCCGUGAUCAACUAUAAAUUCUUAGUCCUUCAAGGAUUUAUGAUGAUGGCUGCAGCAUCUUUCCAACGCCUCACAAGAGAAGGAGAGACGGUGUUUCAUCUUGCUGUGAGACAUAACCGAUAUGAAGCUCUAGUGCUCUUGAUUAACAUGUGCAAUGGGAUGAACUUGUUUAGCUGUGAAGAUCGACAUGGUAACACCAUCUUACAUCUUGCAGUUUCCGAGGGAAAUCAUCAGAUGGUAGAGUACUUGAUCAAAAAAACAAAGGUGGACGUUAAUUUACGGAACUCGAAAGGGCUCACAGCACUCGACAUCCUUGACCCGGCCAAGGACAGAGUAGAACAUCGGCGUCUUGAAGCCAUGUUCCGUGAAGUUGGAGGGAAAAGAAGCAUUGAAUUAUUAUCCACCCCUCCAAAAGUACCAAAGAAAAGUGCUAGGCCGCUGCCACUAGAAACCGUACCACGAAGGAUCCUUUUUGAGAACGAAAUGCAAGUCUUUUCCAAGAAUUCUUCGUGGCAGCAGACACAUAUGGGGGAUGAAUGGCGCGCACGGACUCUUAAUGAUAAGGGCUCUCCUUCACCUUCAAGCAAGGCCACUUCUAGCUCUUUAUCAUCGCCCCAAUCGAUGUCUUCUUGUAUGUCAUCGCCACAGUCCAGAAAGUUCUGGCCCCGAGUACUUCAUAUUGAUCAAGAGGGAAGUGACAACGGAAUAACACGUGAUCCAGAGUCCUUGUCUCCAUCCGACAUACGACACGAAGAUUGUGUCUGCAGAAGUCACCAAGAAUUACUCUUUGAGAUCCUCAACAAGCGGCGGAACAAGCAAGGCCACAAGGUAUACACAGAAGCGUUACAGAAUGCAAGAAACACCAUCACACUAGUGGCUAUUCUGAUUGCGACAGUUACUUUUGCCGCCGGGAUUAGCCCUCCAGGCGGUGUCCACCAAGAAGAAAAGCUGAAAGGGAAAGCAAUGGCAGGCGAAACAGUAGCUUUCAAGGUGUUUGCAAUAAGCAAUGACUUGGCAUUGUUCACAUCUCUCUCCAUAGUUGUGGUUCUCGUCAGCAUCAUCCCUUUUCGGAGAAAGGCACAGAUGAGGCUUCUGUCACUUGCUCACAAGGUCAUGUGGGCAGCUGUGACAUUCAUGGCGAUGAGCUAUGUUGCAGCCAUGUGGGUGAUAAUGCCGAAGAGCCAGAGGAUGGAAAUUGCGUUUGUGGCGCUUAUGGCGGUGAGCGGCGGGACUCUAGGGAUUGUUUUUGUUGGCCUGGGGAUGAAGUUGGUUGAGCACUGGUUGGCGAAAAGUAGGUGGAAAGAAAGGAGAGACAUAGAGGCGGGAGUUCCUGAUCCUGAAAUGGGAAGCGAAAACUCAGAUGUUGCAAGCUCCUAUCACAAAGGAUAUCACUCAUAUUGA